UACGCUUCCCGCGCCACACAGCGCAGCUCAACACGUAGCAGGGUGGCCGAAGGCUCGAUGCCUGCGAACGGUACCCGAACAGCAGCAGGAAUAGGACGGUGUGUGCCUCGCCCGCUUUAAUAAAGGGCGCGACAACCGCGCCACACCCCCUGACCGUGACCGGCGCGGAAUUCUAACAGAGGGGCGCUAACUGACGUGAAACCACGCAAGCGCAGUUGGCAGAUUUCCCGUUAGCGCCUUGGCGGUUGCUAAAUGGUGGUGGAGACCAGCGUUUUAAAAAUUAUUAACUGUUUUCCCAUCCCCCUCUUUUUUCAGUCGCGAGAUUACAGUUUACCUUUCCUUAGUUUAGCAGGAUGUAGCUGCGCGUUGUAUUUAAAACACGCGCACACACGGUCGAGCAGCCAUUUCUUCACGUUCAGACAUUACAAUUGCGUUCUAAUAGUUCUCUAACAGGACUGCCCUUGGGGGAUUUGCCAAAAUCGAUUACACACUCAGGAGCCCGGAGUGUCGCUGCUGCAGCAAAGAAGCUAUCCCACUCAUAUCUCCACAGGAAUACCAGACUCAAAAGCUUGACUUGUCAGUAGUUACCUGUGUUCUGAUUCUUCAUGAACUGAACUACUUUUGUAAAGACAGUGAUCUCCUGAGCUUGGCUUUGAUGAUGCAUAAGGUCUUGUUGAAAGCCAAAGUGGAAGAGCAAACUUUUCAAAGGCAGCGUGAAUCACUAAGCAGUGAGACUAUAACAAAGUGUACGGACAACUCUGCUCACAAAACUAUUCAAAGCUGACUUACUUCUCAGUUUAAGCAUUAUGACCAAGGAGGAAUCUUACAGGGAAGAAUUUAGUUAUGACAGGAUGCCAACUUUAGAACGUGGAAAACAAGAGAAUGGAAAUUAUGUUCCAGAUGUUAAAUCUAGUGACCUUCAGCUGUCAAAGAGGUUUCAUCCGUGUUUUAGUUAUAAAACAUGGAUCUAUUCUUUGCUGAUGGGGACGUGCAUGCUUGUUACCUCUGGAUUUUCACUUUAUUUGGGGAAUAUUUUUCCAUCUGAAAUGGAUUACUUGCGCUGUGCAGCAGGUUCAUGUAUUCCCUCAGCAGCUGUUAGUUUUGCCAUAGCCAGAAACAAAGUUAAUGUGAUACCCAACUUUCAGAUUCUGUUUGUUUCUACAUUUGCUAUUACAACGACAUGUUUAGUUUGGUUUGGAUGCAAACUUGUCCUGAAUCCUACAGCAGUAAAUAUAAAUUUCAACUUGAUUCUCCUCAUUCUGUUGGAAAUUUUUAUGGCAACCACAGUAAUAAUUUCAGCAAGGUCUAAUGAGGAGUGCUGCAAGAGGAAGAAAACAACAAUGCAUGAUAGUGCCAGCACACUGAAUAAUGUCAGUUUUCCAUCACGGAUUCUAAAAUCCUACUCAGUAAUUGAAGUGAUUAUUGGAAUUUCUGCUGUGUUUGGUGGAAUAAUUGCUUUGAAUAUGGAUGUGCUAGUCUCAGGCCCAUAUCUUUCAGUAACUUUCUUUUGGAUCUUAGUGGCUUGUUUUCCCAGUGCCAUUGCAAGUCAUGUUGCUGCUGAAUAUCCAAGUAAAUGCUUGGUAGAAGUCCUGAUUGCCAUAAGCAGUGUUACAUCUCCAUUGUUAUUCACAGCUUCAGGAUACUUGUCCUUCAGUAUCAUGCGGAUUGUUGACAUCUUUAAAAACUAUCCACCAACAGUUAAACAGUCUUAUGAUGUGCUCCUUCUGCUUCUAAUGAUGAUGCUGUUAAUUCAAGCUUUCCUGACCACUGGCACUGUCAUAUUGUGUGUAAGUUUCAAGGCAAAAAUGAAAAUGCGUGACUCGGUAUGGGCUGUGCCACAAAUAAACAAACAAGAGUACAAAACAACAGAGGUUUCCAAUAACAGCAUGAAGGAUUUUGACAAAGAGAAGGCUUGGAAAGCUGUUGUCGUGCAAAUGGCCCAGUAAUCUGGAUUUAGGAAACUGAACCAAGAAAAUUGUUGGAGUUAGGGCAUGCUAACCUUUCCAUUUGAAAAUGUUAUGGUCACAGUCACAAAACCACUUACUUGAUAGCAGCCCCACUGACCACUUCAUAGUGGCUUCAGAAUGGGAGUAUCUGGUCAGAAUAUUAGCAACAAACAAUUGUAUCUUCCUUUACAACAUCUCUUUCUUUCUAAUAACUUAGAAAUUAGUAUAGCUUCAAGUUUGUAAUAUAAUUAGUUUCAGUAGAGCAUGCUUUUGAUUUUAGUUUACUAACAUUGCAAUUGCAAUGAUUUAUUUGCAAACAGACUUCCCAACAAGAUACUGCUAAUUAUAAAUUAAGUCCAUCUGAACAGUUAUAUAUAAAUUCCUAUGUGGUAGGUCUUUAUUGCAAGUGACUAAUAUAAACGAUGGUAUUCAGUUGAUGCUAAACAGGCACAUUUGUAAAGUUAUGACUACAGAUCAUUGAUGCUUUUGUCUGUAAACUUCACUUGAAGUGAAAUAAGUUGCUAAGUAUCUCGUGUUACUUUUGUAUAAGAUAAAAGCCUUUAUCACAACACA